GCAGAUAGAAUUACAAAAGAAAAGUAAACAUGGAUAUUAUGUCAAUAUUUUAUUUCAUCUUGUCAUAUUUCUAGCAAUUUUAUUGAGGAUAACAAUAGCAGUAAAAAUUGAUUUUGGAUUGUAAUUCAAAAAGAGCAUUUCUCUUGGAUCAUAUUUUCCUUAUACAUUGUAUUAUGAAAUCCAUAUAACAGAGAAAUCACAUCGGGGCGAGUCAGAAAGGUUAUCGAUGUUAUCAACAGUUCUUUUGUUAUUUUGUUCAUAGCUCGCUAAUGGUCGGUUGGCGAUACUAGCAGUCUCAGUAUAUCGAUCGUCACCGCAACUGACAACUAAACCCUUGCAACUAUUUUUGUUACAAUUUUUGUAAUCAAAAUGUUUUACUUUCUAACAAUAUUUUUGAUAACUUCUGUGAAUGUUAACUCCAUGUCCAUUGUUAAUCCCGGACCUAAGUAUCCACCGACAAAGGGAGAGGUUUGGCCGAAACCUCAACACGAAACUACGGAACUUACUUACUACACUUUUGAUCCAUCAAAUUUUAAAGUGAAAGUAACAAAUAACACAUGCAAUACACUUACUUCGGCAAUCGAAAGAUACUCGUAUAUCGUGAGGAGCCUAAAACCGCAGCGAGACCAGAGGCCGAUCUCGAGGACUGAGCGACGACAACGUGCGCUACAAGCCCAGACCUUGAAGCUUGGCGUCUUGCAAGAGUUACAAGUGCAACUGACAGAGCCAUGCGAAGACUAUCCACAUUUAGAAAUGGACGAAAAAUACAGGCUGAGCGUGUCCGCAGUGUCAAUACUGUCGAGCUCCUCCGUGUGGGGCAUACUCCGCGGCCUCGAGACAUUCGCACAAAAGUUCUACAUCUCCGAUGACAUGAAUGAGCUGAGAAUAAAUACGUCUGUAGUGGAGGAUUUCCCGGAGUAUGCGCACCGUGGGCUACUGCUGGACACUGGCCGACAUUACAUCUCGGUGUCCAACAUCCUGCUCACACUUGAUGCGAUGGCUAUGAACAAGAUGAACGUCUUCCACUGGCACAUCGUCGAUGACCAGAGCUUCCCAUACCAGAGUGAAAAAUUCCCCGACCUUAGUUUGUAUGGCGCGUAUCAUUCCUCCAUGGUGUACACGAAAGACAACAUUGCACAAAUUGUGGAGUACGCUCGACUGCGCGGCAUUAGGGUCCUGCCCGAGUUUGAUGUACCUGGACAUACGCGGUCAUGGGGAAACGCGUAUCCCAAUAUCUUAACGCCAUGCUACCGCGGGAACGAGGUAGUGGGACUGGGUCCCAUGAACCCCAUCCGGAACAUCACCUACAAAAUGAUCCGUGACCUCUUUCACGAAGUGCAAACUCGGUUCCCCGACAAGUAUCUGCACAUCGGCGGUGACGAGGUGGAGAUGCUCUGCUGGCGGUCCAACCCAGAGAUCCGCGAGUACUUGCAGGAGAACGGGUUGAAAGUGGAAGAGCUGCACGCCCUGUUCAUGCAAAACACCAUACCGCUGCUCGCUGAUGGAUCCAAGAUCGUCGUAUGGCAAGAAGUAUUUGAUGAAGAUGUACCUUUGACUAGCGACACACUCGUGCAAGUUUGGAAGAAUGAUUGGGUUGGAGAAAUGGUGAAGGUGCUGGAGGCCGGUCAUCGCGUGCUUUUCUCGUCGGCGUGGUACCUGGACCACCUGGGGGCCGAGUGGCCGACGUUAUAUGUAUCAGACCCGCGGGAUAUGGUGCGCGACGCCACUGGCAACGAUACGCUGACCGCCGGCGUGAUCGGCGGCGAGGCCUGCAUGUGGGGAGAGAUGGUCGACGACAGGAAUGUUAUAUCGAGAGUGUGGCCGCGCGCGAGUGCUGUAGCGGAGCGGCUGUGGAGCGCGCCCAAGUCGAGUCAGCACCGCCGCUACUACUUCGAGAUGUCGCCACAGCCCGAGGUCUACCGCCGCAUGGAGGAGCACGUGUGCCGCAUGAAUAGGAGGGGCAUCGCCGCUCAACCGGCCAGCGGCCCGGGCUUUUGUCUCGUUUAAAAAAUAAAUUCAUAUAAAUCCUC